AUGGUUGCCGCUGCCAAAUAUGGACGACUGGACUUGUUCAAGAUCUUGGAGGCGAUGGCUCAAGACUUCCCACCAGAGGAUAAACGCACUCGCUCAUACUCAAACUCCAAGGAUGACUAUUUCGUUCUGGCUCUUCAUAACAACAGACAGUCAUUGUUUGAAUAUCUGCUGUCGUUCGAUACGAAAGACAGAAUGGACAAAAGGAUGGAAUACAUUUGGAGCUAUCACAUUAUUAUGACCAUCAGUCAACGUACCCCAGAUGAUUGGCGAGAGAUGGCAGCGAUAAUGAAGGCUUUGAUUAAGCAUAUCGAGACACAUUAUAAGAAGCUUCAACAUGCUCUACGUGUGUUUGGUCGAUUGUUUGAUCAAGAUGUUCAAUUCACGUUGGUGCUCAAAUGCCAGGACAUGGAGCUGGCCCGACAAUGUUACAAGUAUAUCGAAUUCGAUGCUCAUCAACUGAGCAAACAUUGCGACGAUAUAACCAGGCAUAGCAAUCAUGAACAGAUUCCUCCCCUCAGUCCAGAGGACCUUGGCCCCAAGGUCGACUUCAUAUUCGAGGUCCUGCAACUCUAUAAAUGUCGGUUCACACGUGUCAUUGAUCAAUGGCCAGCUUGCAGAGAGGUGCUCACGGAAAUUGGAGUGAUGAUGCUCGAUAUCUACACGAUUAGGACCAAGAAUAACCACAAUUUCGGGUUGGCCAUCGCACGUCAAAUCUUUAAGAAUGUUCGCCAGGAUGCCAACCAAUCAGAGAUGGUCAAGUUCAUUCAAUUCUUCUUCUCACGUGACAUGAAAACCGAUGAUAUUCGUCGGGCCAUCAUUGAGAUAUAUGCAACCGGCACAUUGGACAUGGUCAAGAUUGCUCUGGACAUUGCAGGUAGAACUUGGGUCAUGGAUUUAAGUUGCUAUGAUAUAUUCCCAAAGUCGGUGGAGACACUGGAGUACCUCGUUGAGCAUGGCAUGCACCAAAUGGCCAACUCGCAGGCAAUCAUUCACUUUGCCUCAAUGUGCGAUCCUGAUGAACUACGGAAGCUGCUCUCAACAUUUCCAACAAUAUUACCUCGUGGAGACGACCUUUCGAAGUUGGAGGAUGAUAUCAUGGAUAUCUUUGACAAUCACAACAUUGACACAUGUUUUGCCAUUCAAUCAGUCAUCCAGGAUGAGCUGGUCAAAGCACAACGAAAUGAUACCUUUGAUAUCGUCACAAUGCGUGUACAUCAGAUGACAUUGCCACAGGUUCAAUCACUCCCAGACGACACUUUGAACAGAAUUACAAUCACACCUCCAGAUAUUUGGAAAGUGGACCCAUCCGUGAUCAGCUAUCUACUUUCCAAGGCAUCGGCCUUGGACUUCGAGAGUGAUCUCACAGAAUCCCUCAUGGAGGCUGCAUGCACUCAUGGUUUGACCGAGUGUGUUCACCUUCUCGACUCGUCCAGCAAGGUCUUUGUCGAGCUACGAUCAAACUCAGGGACAAUGGCUACGCUGCUUCUUGCGGCCUACAACUAUGGACAUAUAUCAAUCUGCCAAUACCUCGUUGGUUGUGGCGCAAGUCUCAAAAAAAACAUGUGGAAGGAGGUGAAUAGCGAUGGCAUGUUGGAUGUAUUGUUUGAACAACAACAGACACCUCUGACCCAGUCGGAGAAAGAAAAAGCGAUGUACUUUCUCUGCUCCAACCCCAACUCAUCAUUGAUCAGGAUGGUCUACACGAGAUGGUCUAAAGAUAUCAAACUCAAUAGAGAGACAUUGGUAGAGAAGGCCUUUAAAUGUAAGAAACUGGAUCGUGUUGAUGUGUUGGCAUGCAUUACAGAGAUGAUAGUCGAUUGUUCUCGAUCCGAAUCAAACAACAACAUGUCGCCAAAGAUAUGCUUGGAGCAGUACAAUGCAUACGGUACCUUCUGGAAGGAUUGCCACCACAGACCAUCAAGAGAUACACCAGUUCCAAUGUGUGGAUCAAGAUAUUUAUAG